AUGUCACAGGUAGUAGAUCGUUUUGUAUUUAUAGUUCAUUGCGAAGAGCUGAAAGGGGACGCGGCUAGCGGCGCGGGCGGCGCGUGUAGCGGGCGGGGGCGCGACGCGCGAUGCACUGACGCCAUGUGCGCGCCGCGAUGCGCGCACGCGCUCUGCCCGCCCGCGCGGCGCGACUGCUGCUGCUGGCGCUCCUGCUCGCCGGUACUGUCGCUCAUAUUUCUCUUGCUCUCCCCGCUCUCUACGGGGCGUCAAAUAUCACCUCCUCAACUCGGUGUGUGUGCAGGGUGCGCUGGGAACCCGGACGCCAAGCGGCUGUAUGAUGAUCUGCUCAGCAACUACAAUAAGCUAGUGCGGCCCGUUCUUAACGUGAGCGACGCGCUCACCGUACGCAUCAAACUCAAGCUCAGCCAGCUUAUUGACGUUAAUUUGAAGAAUCAAAUUAUGACAACAAAUUUAUGGGUAGAGCAGAGUUGGUACGACUAUAAGCUGUCGUGGGAGCCACGUGAGUACGGCGGCGUGGAAAUGCUCCACGUCCCAUCGGACCACAUCUGGCGACCCGAUAUAGUGCUUUAUAACAAUGCCGAUGGAAACUUUGAGGUGACAUUGGCUACUAAGGCGACGCUAAACUAUACUGGUCGCGUGGAUUGGCGUCCUCCUGCUAUUUACAAAUCCUCUUGCGAGAUCGAUGUGGAGUACUUCCCUUUUGAUCAACAAACGUGCAUCAUGAAAUUUGGUUCUUGGACUUAUGAUGGGUUCCAGGUGGAUUUAAGGCAUAUUGAUGAAGCACGCGGAACUAACGUCGUAGAACUGGGCGUUGACCUUAGUGAAUUCUACACCUCCGUGGAAUGGGAUAUCUUGGAGGUGCCGGCUGUUAGAAAUGAGAAAUUCUACACAUGCUGCGACGAGCCAUAUUUGGACAUAACAUUUAAUAUCACAAUGCGGCGUAAGACCCUAUUCUACACGGUGAAUCUGAUCAUACCAUGUAUGGGCAUUUCGUUCCUGACCGUGCUGGUGUUCUACCUCCCCUCCGACAGCGGCGAGAAGGUGUCGCUGUCCAUCUCCAUCUUGCUCUCGCUCACUGUGUUCUUCCUAUUGCUCGCUGAAAUUAUACCACCUACCUCACUUGUUGUACCGUUGCUUGGAAAGUUCGUGCUCUUUACUAUGAUUCUUGAUACAUUUAGUAUCUGCGUAACUGUCGUUGUGCUGAACGUGCACUUUCGCUCGCCGCAAACGCACACGAUGGCACCGUGGGUUCGCCGUGUGUUCAUUCACGUGCUGCCGCGUCUACUAGUGAUGAGGCGGCCGCACUACCGCCUCGAUCCACAUCGCAGCCGUUUCGCGGGUUUAGUAACAAGCGAAGGCUGGUCCCCAAUGGUGGGCCCAGUGGGUGUAGGCUCGAGCGGCGCGCUAGGUGCGGCGGAAGAGCGCUCGCCAUCGCCGGGUGCGUGCCGCCUGCACGACGCGCCAGCGCUCUGUGACGCGCUGCGCCGCUGGCACCACUGCCCCGAGCUGCACAAGGCGAUCGACGGCAUCAACUACAUCGCUGACCAAACGAGAAAGGAAGAGGAGUCGACGAGGGUGAAGGAGGACUGGAAGUACGUGGCGAUGGUGCUGGACCGGCUGUUCCUGUGGAUCUUCACGCUGGCGGUGCUGGUGGGGUCGGCCGGCAUUAUCCUGCAGGCGCCCACGCUGUAUGACGAGCGCGCGCCCAUCGACGUGCGCCUGUCCGAGAUCGCGUACGCCGCCGCCAAACCGCGCCCACCGCCGCCGCCCGUC